UAUUGUUCGAUUAUUUCUAGGUUACAAUACUCUCUUAAUUUUCUGAGAAAGUUAUUGUGUUAUAGUUAAUGUCGUUCAAGAUCUGCUCAGGAUUUUAAGUGUUCGGACACACUCUAUCCUGUCUAAAUAAUUCCGGAUUUGUAAAGUUCCGGGACGGAUGGUGGGAAGAGCAUGAUGGCCGAAACUUAACGGCUGGUGGGGAGAAGCGGCAACAUAGUAGGACAGUCUUUAACAGACCGUCGUACCGUAAGGGUGUUGUGUUCAAUUUCAACAAGUGCAAGUAAAGUGCUAAAUAACACCAACACUCAAUUGAGGUUAGAUUAAACUUUAAACAAAUCAGCAACAUACUAGGACAGUCAUUAACAAACCAUCGUACCGUUCGGGUGAGGUGUUUCAGUCUCAACAAGUGCAAAUAAAGUGCUAAAUAACACCAACACUCGAUUGAGGUUAGGUUAGACUAUCAAACCUUCUCCACCGAUAUCGACCGAUCGGUUUGACUUGACCAGUUGCUAUUUAAUCAGUAAUUCGCAACAAGAUCUUUACUAUGAGUAGAAAUAAUUACAAAGAAGUACGAGUAAAGAGAGAACGUUCGCCAGAAUGGGGUAAACCUAUUGCUAGUGCGAAACGUAAACCAAAACAGGAAAAAGAAAAACCAAAUUUCGAAUUGUCUGGAAAACUAACAGAAGAUACAAACACUGUAAAUGGUGUGGUUAUUAAAUAUUCCGAACCUGCAGAUGCGAGAAAACCUAAACGAAGAUGGAGGUUAUAUCCGUUCAAAGAAGAGAAAGCAUUGCCUACCUUGUAUAUCCACAGGCAGUCAGCCUAUUUAAUGGGCAGAGAUCGCAAAGUUGCUGAUAUUCCCUUAGAUCAUCCUUCGUGCUCUAAACAGCAUGCGGUUUUACAAUAUCGUUUAGUAUCUUUUCAAAAGGAAGAUGGAGGAGAAGGAAGAAGAAUUCGCCCUUAUCUUAUAGACCUAGAGUCUGCAAAUGGUACAUUUGUAAAUAAUGUAAAAUUAGAACCGAGAAGAUACCACGAAUUAUUAGAACGGGAUGUAAUCCGUUUUGGAUACAGCAGCAGAGAAUAUGUUUUAUUACACGAACAUAGUAAAGAUGAUUCGUUAGAUGAUUAACUAUUCCAAAUACAACUGUUGCUUGUUCUCCUGUGAUUUUAGUUGGAAGAAGGUUCCAGAAAGAAGUUAUGACACAAAAUCACAUAGCUAUUUAGUUAUCGUUUACCACUAUAGCUAAGGCUAAUUUGUGAUUAUCCUUAAAUUGUACAAUGUAAGAUAUUAACUAGACUGUAAGACAUGUACAUAAUAUUUUUUACAUUUUAUCUAAUCAGAAAUAUAAAUUAAUUGUAAUACGUCACUUUUGAAAAAAAUAUAUAUAUUUAUAUAUAUUA